GCGUCUGGAGAAGAACGGCGGUGGUGUUUCACCAUGGGACUUUUACUCAGCCAGAUUCAGAGUGCUUUGCAGAGCUUCCAUGGGAUGGAGGCUCGUAUUCUCCUGCUGGGCCUGGAUACAGCUGGCAAAACCACCCUCCUCUAUAAGCUGAAGCUGAACGAAACCGUCACGACCAUUCCCACCAUCAGCUUCAAUGUGGAAAAGAUACAGCAUAUCAACAACGUCUCUUUCAUCAUUUGGGAGGUGUCUGGUCAAGGCCUGAUUAGAGGACUGUGGAGGCAUCACCAUCCCAACACAGAAGGGCUGGUUUUCAUGGUGGACAGUGCAGAUUGCACUCGCUUUGAGGAGGCCAAGUCUGAGUUGGAAGUCGUGCUGGAGACCAAGGACUUGCAAAAUGUGCCUGUACUGCUGCUGGCCAACAAGCAAGACUUGCCUGGAGCGUGGCCCCCACUAGAAGUGGCCGAAAAAAUGGGGCUGAGGAAACUGUGAGGGCACCAGUGGCAUGUGCAGGGCUGCUGUGCUGUGAACGGAGAUGGAAUCCCUGAGGCCAUGUGGAAGCUGUCUGAGAUGGUUAAGGUGCAUCGCAAAGCCCAGGGUAAAUAGUCACAACCGCAGAGUAGGCCGCAACUGGACUUAACGGUCAGGGGUCCCUCUACCAUUUUAAAAGACCCCCAUGUUGCAUGGAGGGCACAAGACAUACUGCUAAUCAGUUGCUUCUUCUGGCUGAGAUGGCCUGGAGAUGCCUUCAUCUGCGCAAGGUCUAUAUGGGACUCUGUACUGCUUAUCCAGUGCUGCCAUGGGAUUUGGGAGAAGGUGCACAUGCCUUAGUGUGCUUCUUGGACACUGAACAUGGCAUACUAUUGGACUAUUCACUGGACUUUUGUGACCCAUUGUCUGGACCGAUAAAGGCAUUCUCUUAAUUCAGAAUGUUUCUUAUGGGCCAACAUUGCUGCUUUUCCUUUUGUUCAACACAUCAUUAACCAAAACAAAAAUUCCUGGACUUUAAAACUUGAAUAAUCAGCCCCAGCACUAUAAUCUCUGGUUGAUCAUUUUCCAUUCUACUUUCGCACUUGGGUACUUGAAAAGCCCUUCAUUUUCCUCUCAUUUUAUAGCUAUAGCCCAUCUGAUUUCUCUCUUCUUUAAUGACUUAGGAUUGUAUUUUGCCAC